AUUAUUUGUGUAGAUAGUAAUUUUAGUUCUUCGCUUUUUAGAAAAGAUGUCAUGGUUUACAGUUUUACGACAGUGUUGCCGCUGUGGGCUUUUGCAUAGUAUAUUUUCAACGGUGUUGGCUGAGUAAAAUGAUAAGCGACGAAGAGCUAUCUUGUUGGACCAUCAGUCUAUCUUCGGUUUAUGAUGUUUAUCUGAUUUGCUGAGUUUGCUGCCAUAAGCCCAUAACAUAAUCAUACUUUCUUGAAACAGCGGCAUCUGCAGAUUGCGCCUGAAGGGAAUUUCACGACCACUUAAAGUUUAAUUCUCCAUCAGGCCUUUUAUUAGGACACUACUUCGCCCGGACAAUCAGACUCCAUUAUUUCAGCACUUAUUGUUCUUCUUCAAUUUUCUGUGUUAGCUGAUUAAUUUGCCUUGAAGUUCUUUUGUAUUUUUUUAUUUAUGAAUUAGUAGCAAAAAAUCGGCAGACAUGGGUAGACCCGACGAAGAAAAUCUCAUCGCUACGUUGGAUGUGGGGACAAGCAGUAUACGAUGCAUGAUUUUCGAUGCCAAGCGCCAGGUGCUAGCCAAGCAUCAAAUAGAAAUACGACGAAUUUAUCCGGAGCCAAGUUGGGUGGAACAAGAUCCUCACGAAAUUGUGGAUAUCUCCAUGUUGUGCAUGAACAAAGCGGCAGAUGAUUUGGUUUUUGCCGGAUACAGUGUUCAGAAUAUAACAGGACUGGGAAUUUCAAACCAGCGGGAAACGACUGUUGUUUGGGAUAAGAAAACCGGAAGAGCACUUUACAAUGCGAUCGUGUGGCUGGAUAAUCGAACUGCUGAUUUGGCGGCGGGUCUCAUUAAGGACAAAGCCAAGGGGGAUCAGGAUUACCUCAAGCCAUUAUGCGGCCUCCCCAUUCAUCCCUACUUUAGCGCACUCAAGUUGCGCUGGAUCAUCGAUAACGUCGCUCCUGUCCGGGAAGCCAUUCGCAACGGGACAUGUCUGUUUGGUACAGUGGAUUCAUGGGUCCUUUGGAAUCUGACGGGUGGUCAAGACGAUGGUGUGCACAAGACCGAUGUUACAAACGCCAGCCGAACCAUGUUGAUGAAUCUGAAAACAAUGGACUGGGACAGCAAGCUCGUGGACUUUUUCAGUAUACCAGUGUCGGUUCUUCCAACGAUUUGUAGUUCCAGUGAAGAAUAUGGAAUUAUGAAAUUGACGAAUCUGGCGGGUAGGCCUGUUUGUGGGAUUUUGGGGGAUCAGCAAGCGGCGCUGGUUGGCCAUGGUUGUUUCCGCCCGGGAAUGGCGAAAUGCACGUAUGGGACCGGUUGUUUCCUGUUAGCCAAUGUUGGAUAUGAGCCUAAAUUAUCUCAUCAUGGACUCCUGACGACGGUGGCAUAUCAACUAGGUCCGAAAUCUCCGGCCGUUUAUGCCUUGGAAGGAUCGGUCGCGAUGGCCGGCGCAGUUGUUAACUGGCUACAGAAAAAUCUCGGUGUCAUUCAAAAAGCGGAAGAUUUAGAUGGUAUUGCCGGUUCAGUAAAGGAUUCUGGAGGUAUCUAUUUUGUACCGGCUUUCUCUGGAUUACUUGCUCCUUACUGGGAUACGGAAGCGCGAGGGAUUAUCUGUGGAUUAACUGAGUAUAUUGAACAAGCUCAUUUUGCUCGUGCUGCUCUGGAGUCUAUUGCUUUCCAGAUAUGCGAGGUUGUGGAUGCGGUUAAAACUGACAGCGGUGUUAAAUUAAUGGGCCUCGAAGUCGAUGGCGGUUUGUCGCAAAGUGCGCUGCUGAUGCAAAUCCAGGCCAACUUUUCCGGCCUACCUGUUCAUGUGCCGAAAAUGUCUGAGAUAACUUCCGUGGGCGCCGCGGUAGCUGUGGCGCACGCGACUGGGGUUAAAACGUUCUUGGAAAGUGAUGGAGAGCAGUCAGAUAAGAGUGGUCUGCGAUAUGUUGCUGAGAUGAAAGAUUCGGAACGCCGAGAAAAAUACUCUUUUUGGAAGGAGGCAGUGCGCCGAUCAAUGCACUGGGCGCGCGAUCACAGCUCCAAAAGCGAGCUGAAGGCACAGUCUAAGGAAACUUCGGCAUUUGUUAUCGCAACCGGGAGUGUGUUGUCGACAUUGGCUGUGGUUGGUGUAGCUAUCUUUUUAUGUAAAAAGUAUUGGCACUAAAGUAUGCGUUUCCCCGCUCUGUCAUUCCCCGGUUUCUGUCGGUUACAGCAAUUAGCAAAGGCUGUUGAAGCAUGUUUGUAAAGCGCACUUUUGGUUUUAUUGCAGAGUUUUUAUUCAGAUUUUAACGUUAUUUCGGUUCUGGUUUGAUGUGUUUCUAAGUUUUUAAUGACUUUUAUUAAUGUUUUACUGACGUCGUGCGUGCUUGGUACUAACUUUGCUCAUUUUCCGUGUGGUACUACGAGAUAGCGCAAACCAAGGUUUAAUAAAAUCAUUUAUUGUAGAGAA